AGCAAUAAAUGUCUGACAAGGAACAGCAGCCAGCCUUUGUGGUCCCAGUAAGUCCACUUGAUAAGAUGCUGAAACAGGUACCUCCACUUACUGAGUACGCAAGUAACAACACUCCACUGUCACAAUACUUCAAUGGAGCCUUUGUAGACUUGUUGCAACAGAGCAAACUCUCCCAAAAUCUUAAGUCCCGGGAGCUUCAGCCUCGAGACUGGCAGACGAACACCAAAGCAACAGAAGACUUUGAGUGGAGCUCAGAGCAGAUUCUAACUCUACUUGAGUUCUACAGUCUGUACCCUCAGUUAUGGGAUACCAAACAUGAGAGAUAUAUGAAUAAGGACGUCAGAAAACAACUCAUCUCACAACUUAGUGACAAGAUAGGCGCACCUGAACAAGCAGUGAACGUCAAAUUCCAACGUCUCAGAGUCCACUUCUCACGUGAGCUGAGAAAGGAGGAGAGUUCAGCUGGGGAACCACAACCUUACCAGAGCAAAUGGAAGUACUAUAACAACAUGCUCUUCCUCAAGGAUACUCUCAAAUGCAGGCAGAAGAUAAGACAACACAACAGCGAGAAAGACACCUUCAACCUCAUGAUGGAUAUGGGUAAUAGUGGUGGACUCAAUAUUACUUCUACAACUAGCUCCGACUCAGGACACUCAUCACCGGACAGUACGAACACAAUCUCACCGUCAGUCCCACUUCCUGAAAACAAGGAAAAUAUGUCACCACCAGUGUCCAUGACCCCCAGCUACAAAACCAAAACAACAGUCUCCCCUCUAUCUCCCUCUCUGAUAACCGCCCCAUUCAGCACCCUAUCCUCCUCUCUUGUCCCUCCUCUUCUCGCCAGCAACCCUCUCUUCAGCUCCCUCCCUACCUCCCUUCCUACCCCACCUGCCUCUCUGCUCAACUCUUUCGCUUCGUUAGAACACCUUCUCUCACCUCGUAUGUUGGGUCCUCUACUCAUGAACAAGUCAAUCAAGAAGGAAUCAGUUCAUCCUACACUCAGUCCUGGAUUUAAUCCCCUUCUCAACCCUUCUGCAGCUGGGACGCUGUUAGCACCCACCCCUCAACUCCCAACCUCUCCUCUAACUCCCAAUGUGGUAUGCAGUGCUCCUAGCUUCUGGAACAGUCCACACGUUCUUACUAGUUCUAAAGAGGACGAAGACUCCGCAGCGUUGAAAUCUUAUCAUGCAAAGAGACAAAAGCUGAAACAGGCUAACAGGACAACUCUAGAGAUUGGGUCUCCCACUGAUCAGUUAUCAGACUGCGAUUACUUUAGUCUUCACGUUAGCGAGUCUUUGAGGAAGAUGGAUAUCAUCUGUGCAGAGGAGUGUAAGAGAGCGAUACAAAACACAAUCUAUCAGUACAUAAUGAAGUCGUGCCAGCGCCAACCCUUCUUCAACAGCAGCGUACCUUACCCGCCUCGCUUUCCUUCACCUAACACGACCAACGUGAGACUGGUUAACCGUAAAUCAUGAGGUGUGUGAGUAAUUAGUGUGAUUAACUAAUUAAUUAAGUUGUUAAUUACAAAGUUCUGAGUUAUUUAAGUUAGUUGUUGGUCAGAUCCGAGGGACAAGAUAAGAUGAAAAAGGAAGAAUUAAAGGGAGGAAGACUGGUGUUAUAAUUGAACAUUAUUUGAGAAUAAAUUAUUAUUAACGUAUUUAAUUUAUUAUAUAAGUUAUUUUGAUGAGAAUGGAAUAACUUAUUAAGAAAAGGAACGAAGCAAAGGGACUAUUAAAUAAAUCACCUGAUUAGUAAUUACAAGAUUAGGGGCGUGGAGGCGACACAUUUUUUGACAACUAACGCGUGAUAGCUAACGCAUGAGAUUGUUAGAGCUAUUGUCACAUUAAAUACCAUAAAUAAAAUACGCGAAGUUGAUAUCCGUUGUCAAAACAACCACGUUUUAUCCCUGGCCCCGCCCCUAAAUUCUAAAUUCAGGCUAAUUUUAGACCUGCCAAUAUUUUGUUAUCUUUGACAUCUUAACUGCUUUUUAUUUGCCCUCUCAGACACAACGAAUUACGUUGUUUUUUUAGUGUGUUUUGUUUUUAGAAAUAUUGUGUGAACAUUUGAUCUGGGGGUUUUUAACUUGAUAUAAGUCAGCUCAUUAGUCGGUUAAUUAGUCUGAUGAUUAGUCGGCUGAUUAGUCAGCUAAUUAGUCAGCUAAUUAGUCGGUUAAUAAGUCUGAUGAUUAGUCGGCUGAUUAGUCAGCUAAUUAGUCGGUUAAUUAGUCUGAUGAUUAGUCGGCUGAUUAGUCAGCUAAUUAGUCAGCUAAUUAGUCAGUUAAUUAGUCGGUUAAUUAGUCUGAUGAUUAACCUUUAAAACGAACAUUCUUACCUUUUUUGGCGGUCGUCGCCGAAUACCUGUGAUUCUUGUUAUAACGAAUUUUUAUUUAUUUAACAUUCUUCUUACGUUUUUACUCUAAAUGGUUUUGUUUACUGGUAAAAAUAAUCAGUUUUAUUUAUUAUCUUCACCGAAAUAAUCAAGAAAUUAAUAGAAAAUUACUACGUAUCAUUACACCAUUUGUUAUUAUAAUUACAUAAUAUAAUAAUAGAUAACUAAUAUAUUAACCUAACUAAGGAGAUCCUCCUCGUUAUUAACUCGCAUAAUUAACGACAAUUUAAUUAAUUAAUUAAUUAAUAGUUCUUGAUUAGUUCGGUGUAACACGGUGUGGACAGGGUUUUAUACUUUUUAUUUAAUGAUUUUUGUCUGUUCUGUUUUAAGCUCUCUAAUUUUUUAAACGGAGUAAUAUAUAAUAUGGUAGAUCACACAAAUAUUAUGUUUAAUAUACGACGAUCAAUUCGAUAGAUUUAGUAUCAUCAUUAUCACACGAUCAAUUAUAUGAUUAAUUAACUGAUCAAUUAAUUAUAUGAUUAAUUAACAAGAUGUUGAAAAGGCUGAUAUGAUUGCGGCUGAUUGAUGAAGGAAUGAGAGAUAAAAUUAGAAAUUUCAUUUAACCACGAAUUUUUCGAGUCAUGUUAUUUUAACUGAAUGUUGUGUUGUGUGGAAUCUAAGAAUUUGUGGAAUGUAAGCCUCAGAGUUGUUUGUUUUUUGUCAAAACACCGUUUCAGUUGUUUUGACUUUUUUACCUUUCAAGAUGUGCCAUAUUAUUAGAAUAAGAUGUAUUUGUUGAAGUCUCGGUUUGUUUUCAUUACUUUGUCUUUACACACGGCUCAAAAUUCACGAUGUGAACUAAACACAUUAACCAGAGAGAACGAAGUAAUUAAUUAACUAACUAAUUAGUGGUUCGUUAAUUGAUUUUUAGAUUGAUUAUUCCAGAACUGUCCAUACGACUAAGUGGAGUUAAAUUAUUAUCAAGUAAAUCAGGAGAGGAGCACAUCUUUGUUUUUCCAAUAUUUUUCUAGUUCACUUAACUGUCACACACGGUACGCUGUCACACACGGUACGCUGUCACACACGGUACACUGUCACACACGGUACGCUGUCUCACACGGUACACUGUCACACACGGUACACUGUGACACACGGUACACUGUGACACACUGUGACACGCAGGCUCGACCGGUCUAGCUUCUGCAGUUCUGCUUCUAGCAAGCACACAAAUAUUCGGGACUCCAAGCCUCAGCACGUGAUUAGAAUACAGCUCCCUGAUUGGUCGGUUUGUAUCACGUGACUAGAAUACAGCUCUCUGAUUGGUCGGUUUGUAUCACGUGACUAGAAUACAGCACGUCUCCUUUACUGCGACCCUAGACCGGUACAACCUAGAAGCUCUUUAUUUUGAUGUUAUUUAACUUAGAAAUAUCUUGUAUCUUUAUUUUUAAGUCUAUCCAUGAUAUAUCCAUCGAUAUUGAUGAUUUGAAUUUUGUAUUAUUUUC